UAAUUUGUGAUAGCAAGUCAAACACUUCCAAGAAACUUUUGUAUUAUGAUUGAAGUCAUAAGUUAUCCAAUAUCCAUGAAUAUCAUCUCUAAAUUCCAUCCAAAGCCUCCGAAAGCUUAUGCGAAAAUGGAAAUUUUAACAUCAUCAACUACUCUUCCCACUUUCCCAAAACCCAGCUUCCUUUCUUCCUCUAAAUCCUCUUUAUUUUUCAGUCAAAGCAGCACCAAUGCCCUCAUCAGAUCCAUGUGUCUGGGUUUGAGGGUCAAAACCCGGCCCAAUAACCGUCCACGAAAAGGGUUCUGUUGCAACUCUUUGUUUGGGCUUGGUGUGCCGGAGCUUGCGGUUAUUGCCGGAGUUGCGUUUCUUGUUUUUGGUCCCAAAAAGCUCCCAGAAGUUGGCCGCUCUUUUGGUAAAACUGUUAAAAGCUUUCAACAGGCAGCAAAGGAGUUCAAACAAGAACUUAAGAACCCAGAAGACGCCGAGUCACCUGACAAUAUGAAGGAGGCAAAAACAACAUCCGAAAAUUCAAAAGAAAAAGAAAUUGUCGUCUCUUCCUCGAAAGAUAAUUAGCGAGCUGAUGUAUCCUUGCAUUCUACUCUAUCUAUGAGUGUAUUAAUUACUCUACUUGGACGGUGUGCGCCCGGUAGGUACACAGGGUGACAUGUUGAUCAAAUUGCUUGCUGCUCAAGACUAGGAAUGUGCUUAUGGAUUGUUAAUCUUGAGGUUAUGGGGUGUAUUUAAUUUCAAUUAAUGUCCAACUUCCAUGUACUCUAAGAAAGUUCAUAGAGAAAGAUGGUAUAUAUGUAUAUAUCCUAGGUUUUGACUGUAAACAAGUUUAUAUACUCGUACUUUUUCCAUUUCUUUGACUUUGUCGGAUAUUUUUGCGAAGCUCUCUAUAAGUAUGACUCAGUAAUCAUCUCGAGCAGUUGUUAUGGAGGUUGGUUGUAGCAUUAUGUUGUAUUAGAUGCUUGAACUUGGUUGCAUUGAUGUUGCAUAAGUGUGUGAGUUUGGUGUUGCUUGGGAGCAUCAUUGGAGUGAUGGGUAAAGCAUGCUCAGAUACGCAAUGUCCAACAGUCCAAGUUUGGGUGAGCGCACACACAAGCAAGCUAUAAGCGACUUAGUCUUAUACUCUUAAGUAAAAAUAAAAUGCUGCAAACUCAGUAAGAUAGAGUCAUGAAGAAAGCAUCUAAUAUGUAGCGGUGAAGCACACCAAAGGCCGAGGGAGGCAUGCCUCUUCGGUCCAAAUGGGCAUUUCUUGUAAUUUUAACAUGACCCUCGUACCAAUGUAUAGUACUUUUUCCAUUUAAUUAAUAUGUCAAUGCAUUUAUUCAAGA